AUGGAGCUGACGGAGGUGGAGAAGCUGGGAGCCUCCCACCCUCAACACUACACAGUGGGGAAUCUCAUCCGCAUGGGUGUGCCUGGCUUGGUGCUGCUGGUCCUCAGGGGGCUGCUGUUUCAGGCUCAGGACAGCAAAAGGACGGCCCACGCUGCCGCCAGGACAUGGCUGUGUGGGGGCCCCUGGGACCAGGUCCAGGCAGAGGCCCUCCCCAGACCCUCCCUCUGGGCUGACCCGGGCCCCGUGGUCAGCAAGGGCAGCCCUGUGACCAUCUGGUGUCAGGGGUCUCUGCGGGCUGAUGACUACGGUCUGUAUAAAGAGAGGGGCUCUGAGCCCUGGCUUACAAGGAUCCCACAGGCCUCCAGGAAUAAGACCGGGUUCCAUAUUCCACCCAUGAUCUCACACCAUGCAGGGCCAUACAAGUGUGUCUACAGUGCUGGGGACACCCUGUCUGAGCGGAGUGAGACCCUGGUCCUGGUGGUGACAGGAGUGGACAGUGCACCCUCCCUCUCAGCCUGUUCAAGGCUGGUGGGGGACUCAGGAGCGAACGUGUCCCUCUUGUGCAGCUCACAGUUCAUAUCCAAUUUCCACCUGCUGAAGGAGGGAGGGGCUGAACCACCCCGAUGCACGGAAUCGCAAUGGAGGUCCAACGAUGGGAGGUGGCAGGCUGUCUUCCCUGUGGGCCCCGUGAGCACCUCCCAUGGGGAGACCUACAGAUGCUCUGCUUCUCCCAGCUCCUCCCCCAUGUCACAGCUCAGUGACACUCUGCACAUCGAGGUCACAGGCAUUUACAGGGAGCCCUCCCCCUGGGCCCAGCGCUCCCUGCUGCUGCCUGGGGACAGCCUGACCCUCCAGUGUCACCCGGAGCCCGGCUUUGACAAAUUCACUCUGACCAAGGACGAGGGGCCCACACCCUCCCAGUGUCUCGAUGGGCAGCACAGCCCCGACUUUCCCCUGGGCCCUGUGACCUGCACCCAUGGGGGCCGGUACAGGUGCUACGGUGGACACAGUCUCUCCUAUGCAUGUUCGGCCCCGAGCGCCCCCCUGGACAUUGUGAUUGCAAGAAUGGACAGCAAACCCUCCCUGUCGGCCCGGCUGCGGCCCCCGGGGCCCUGGGGAGCCAACGUGACCCUGCUGUGUCGAUCUGAGACCAGGGCUGACACCUUCCACCUGCACAGGGAGGUCUCCCUGGACCCUCCCUUGGAGCUUCGACUGCAGGACACGGCUGCCCCCUCGGAGGCCACCUUCACCAUCAGUCCUGUGACCUCGGGCCACAGUGGGACCUACAGGUGCUACAGCUCCCACAGCUCCUCCCCCUUCCUGCUCUCACAGCCCAGUGACCCCCUGGAGCUCCUGGUCCCAGGUGAGGGUCUCCCACCCCAUGUCCACUGA